UAGGAAGAGAUUUCAGUGAGGAAGAUAUUCAAGUAUUUCUAUACUAUUUAAAGAAGCCUCCUACCACUUGUAUUAAAAUAACUGCUAUAACCGCAGGGAUGGACCUGAUUUACUUAGGUUACUUUCUGAUAGGGCUGGUUUGGGGAAAACUAAAUGAUAAUGCUGAUAGUUCUUCCACUGUUUUAGAGAAAGAGCAACAUACUGUAAUAAAAGAAUAUUUUAGGGAAGAGUUUAAUGAUGAGGAUGAAUGGCAGAAACGGUGGGUUCACUCUAAACACAAAAAUGAUUAUGGUAAAUUUCGGAUAGGAGCAGGAAGAUUUUAUGGCGAUAGAGAAAAAGAUAUAGGUCUGCAGACAACUGAAGACACUAAGUAUUAUGCAGUAUCAGCAAGGUUUCCACCUUUCAACAACGAAGGUCAGACCUUAGUGCUUCAGUAUACAGUAAAAUAUGACCAACGUGUUGAUUGUGGUGGGGCCUAUGUCAAACUUUUUUCUGCAGAUCUGAAUCAAGAGGUCAUGAAUGAAGAUUCAACAUAUUAUAUUAUGUUUGGGCCUGAUAUAUGUGGAGAAGAUAAAAAGAUAGUGCAAGUUAUUUUCAACUAUAAAGAUGACUACUAUUUUAUUAAAAAGAACAUCACAUGUGAGACGGAUGACUUUACCCACCUCUACACUCUAAUUUUACGUCCUGAUUUAACUUAUGAAGUGAAGAUAGAUAAUUAUGUGGCUGAGGCUGGCCAUCUAGAAGAUGAUUGGGAUUUCCUGCCUCCAAGGAAGAUAGUAGAUGCUGAUCUGCCAAAACCGGAAUACUGGGAUGAAAGGGAAACUAUUGAAGAUCCCAUGGAUAAAAAACCAGAUGAUUGGGACCAACCAGAAAGAAUUCCUGACCCUAAUGUGACAAAGCCAGAUGACUGGGAUGAAGAGAUGGAUGGGGAAUGGGCACCACCAUUGAUUCCAAAUCCUGAAUAUAGAGGCAUUUGGAAACCUCGUAUAAUUAAAAACCCCAAUUAUAAUGGCAUUUGGGUCCAGCCAGAAGUUGACAACCCUGAAUACAUACCAGAUCCUAAUCUUUACAAAUAUUUUAACAUUAGUGUCAUUGGCUUAGAAAUUUUACAGGGAAAAUCUGGUACCAUAUUUGAUAACUUUCUUAUUACAAAUGAUGAAAAUUAUGCUGAAGAUGCUGGAAAUGAAAUGUGGGGUGUCACAUAUGAAAGAGAAUGGAAGAGACGGGAGAGACAAGAUGCAGUGUAUAAAAACAUUAAUGAACAGGAGCCAAAGCCAAAAGAGAUCAAGAAAGAAAAGAAAAAAGAUACCAGUCUCAAAGAUGAACUCUGAUCAACCAAACCAUUGCAUAAUUACUGUUCAUCACUGUUGGGUAGUAUUGUACUUAUUUUCUAAAUAUGUUACCCUAAAAUGCAGUGGUGAUAAGAAAAUCCUGACAAUUUUUGUACUACUAGGUGGCUGUUGAUGACCCCAGUAAUAAUAUAUAGGGUUCUAUAGUAUGUUUUAUACAUAUAAGUCUCUGUAAGAUUACACUCUAUUGUUGUUCAGAAGGGACAUUAACAUCUGCUGAGAUCAUAUAGAUGAAGAAACUUGUACACUGCAGUGAUGUAAGUCACAUAAAUCACAUUCACUGAGCACUAAACUACUUCUGAAUUGAAAGGGAGAGUAACUUUUUGAAAAUGUCCAUAGAUACUCUGAAAUCUGAACUGAGAUACUAUAUCAUAAAUACGAGGAGACCUUGUGCAUUACCUGUUAAUUGUGUCCAGGUUGCAUGAGGAAAUGCUAUGUAAAAAAUAUCCAAAUGCGUGAUGA